CACAAUACUAUUGAAGCAGUUCUAGAAAGAGGAGAGAAACUAGAUGAUUUAGUGGCUAAGUCAGAAGGACUCAGUGUUCAGUCAAAAGCCUUUUAUAAAACAGCCCGCAAAACUAAUUCUUGUUGUACAUUUGGCUAGUUAUGAAUGGCAUUUGAAAGAAUGUAUCUGAUAAUUAUUCUCUUGACUGUUUUGUCUGAACCUAAGAAUGAUGUGUUUUGGAAUGCGUUUUCUGAAAAAUGCAUUUAUAGCAUUUAUUUUAUGAUGAAGUAUAAGUGACAGCUGUUGGUUGCUGAGGAGAGAUGUAAAUGAUGUUCUUUAUUGCUCAUUUUCUUUUGUAUUGCAAGAAAAGGAAAGUUUAAUAUUUUUAAAUAUUUUCAUUUGAAAGAAUGAUCCUGAUUUGAAAAAUUCUCAGUAGAUUCCAAGCUUUUUUAAAAAUACAUUGUAAAACCUGGAAACAUUCAUUUCAUGAUCAUUCAAUGUUGUGGAGAUUCCUUGUUAUUUGUUGUGAAUGUGACUAUUCAUUGAUUACAAAAUAGAUCUUGUUCUUUUCUUGAUAUUGAAUGUGCUUUUGAAUUGUAUUGCAUUGUGAAUCACAAUUUUCAAUGGUUGGAACGAAAUUGUAUAGGACAAAGGAACUACGGCAUUGGAAUAGUUCCAGAUGUAUUUUGAUGGUUGCCAGUGAUUAUUGUAAAAGCAUGUUAUUGUAUUCCUAAAAGUGUGUGUGUGUGUAUAUGUAUGUGAGUAUUUGCAUAUAAGAAUAUAUAAACAUAUAUUCUGUUGUAAACACUGUGUAUUAUUGGAGGAAAUGCUGUUAGUAGUGUUCAUCUUCUGUUUUAUAUGAAAUCAAUGUUCAUUUAAGUAAGUUUUGUUAUUGUUUUUGGAUCAUUAAUGAAUAUACUGCCUGAACUUCAAAAUUUGAAGUUAAAUUCAGAGUUAUGUGGAUAACUCUAAUUAAGUAUGUAACAUUAAUUUAAGUCAGUGGUUCUUCAUCCUAGGCAAAUGUGAAACAUUAAAAUGUAUGUAUUUCUGUGAUGAACUCCUGUUCCACUAAAACAAAACCUUUUUUGUUUGGUCCUUGUUCAUAAUACCUUCAUGUUUCUUGGCAUAAAAGUCAUGUAUUUUAUUGAAUGUCACAUUCCAUGAUUGUACCUUGAAGUAUUUGAAAUUCUUAUAAACUUAGCAAAUGAAAAAUAGUGAUUGAUAAAAAUGAAAUAUUCAUGGAAUCUUUUUAUUAUAAAUGCAGAAAAAUAUAUUCAGAGAUAUUACUUGGAAAAUUAUAUUGUACUGAUGUUGGAAGGCUGAACUAACAACUGGAUUGUUCUAUAACACUUUAAUUUGUUGUUUGUUAGAAUUACAAAUAGAUAAAUCUAUUAUCAAUCUUGUAUCACAGAUCAAUGGUUAUUAUUCAAUUCCAGCAUUGAGUGAAUAUGGUUGUAGAAUCACUGACAUCUUUAAACAAUGAAAGCAAUUUCACAAACCAUUGUGUACAUUGAGAUUAGUUCACUUUCAUAUUCAUUCUUGUACAUUUUGUAAACAAUAUUAAUAUUUUAAUUUAUGUUUGUUUGUUUUUAUUUAUAAAUAAAUUUUAAACUUUAUACUGUACAGAACCAUGCAGUGGCCAUGUAUGCCAAUGUUGCUAUUUUAUAUAGAGGCAAUUUAAAUAAAAACUUAUUUGUUAAUAAAUUUAUUUUAUAAAUCAUUUCAUAUAAAAUGAUUCUUGUAAAAUUUAGUUUGGCUUUAUUCAAGAAAAAUGGUGUUUCGGAAACAAACGUCGGUUCAUGUUUAUUUUCUACAUACAUCAAAUGUAUAGAUGUAUUGUGAUUAAUCUUUCAUUUAUGAAUUUCAACAUUACGAAUGUGAAAACAAAAUCUGAAAUGAUACAGCAUGUGAAAGUGUGUCUAGAGCAGUUACUAAACAUUAAAUAUUUUUUAACUAAAUUGUAUGAACAUUGUACGAAUAGGAGGCUCUGUAAUGAUACGUUUCAAGUUGGCCAAAUAGGUAUGGUUAAAGGAUAAGAUCAUUGUCAACUGUGAUAUAUUUCUCAGAUUCUUAGUUUUAAUUUAUGAUUUAAAUGCUGUGCUAAAAAGUUGUCUUGUGGUCGUUUAGCAGAAGAUACAGCAAGAGGUUGAAACACCCAUACAAUGAUAUUGAGUUGCAGAAAUGGUUUAAGCAUUGUUGAAUCAAAUUGAAAGAAUCUUCAAAAGAAAGGAUAAUGACACUAUGAAUUAUUGACUAAGAUUUGUACAUUUCCUGUUAUUAGUAUCCACUAGAAAAAUGUUUGACAAUGUUGGAGUUAAAAAUUUAACAAACAUACGUUGUGAAGAUGUGAAAGUAGGGGAAGUGAAAUACUUUCUUGAAAGUCACAAGUAAUUCAAAGUUACUGUUCUAUGACCUCAAACAAAUGAUCAAUAAAAUCCUCGAAAGCUGUUUUCUUGCAGCUUGUUUUCUUCUCUUAGUAUUACAUUAGUGUGUGACUUCCAGAGCUUGCUUCUGCUUAGUAUUGAGUGGAAUCAGAGUGAAGAAAACAAAAGUUCAUGGGAAUUUAGCUUCAUUGUAGAAAAUGAUGUUUGCGAUAUAUAUUAAACAUGUUUUCUAUAGAAAUGGGCUACUAGAAUGCAAAUCAAGCUUCUUGAAAUUACCUGAAAAUGUAAGAAGAUAAGAACAGAAACUAUAUUCAGGAUUAAUGUGCAACAGACAAAUUUUGCUUUUGAAAUAGUCAUAACUAGAUGAAGAUUCUUCAAAUAAAUUGAUUUUCUUUCUCAAUAAAUUGUAUUGAAAAUGUGCUAAGUUAUUACUCGCUUCAUAAAUUUGGGAUAUUUCUGUCCUAAAAAUAUUGUUUCAUUUCUGCUGAUGUAAAAAUGAAUUUUCAUGAAGUUUUAAUAUCAGUUUUUAAAACGUUAUUUAUAAAACAAUGGUAAUACAACACAUUUUUGGUUUUAGUGUCCUGUGCAUUCCUUAGAUUACUUUUUUCUAAUGUUACUGUUCCAAAGGGAGUGAAAGGAGGUUUUGAAAUAUGAAAUGAAUAUAUCCUCUAACUGAAUUUUGUUAUAACAUAAUUUCUUCAAAUUCCAUUUUCUGCAAGUGAUCUUGCCAGAGUAUAUAAACAUUUUAAAACAUUUUCUGAGUGGUGGUAAUAUUCAAUUUAUUUUAGGCAAGUUAUUUAGAGAAUUCACGUUGACAAAGGUCAGGUAAAAUUAAGGGAUGUGGAUCGAAUUAAGAGAAAAAUUUGUGAAAUAAAUCCACAGGAUCUGUUAUAAUUAUAAAAAGCAAAUAGAUAGGUUCGAGUAGUUGGGAGGCCUGAUGUGACCUCAGCUUCAUAAGAAGAAUCAUUAUCAAUGUUUUGGCCCGUUUAUUGAGGCCUAACAUAACUGUAACCCAACCAAAUCCACCAAUAUGUGUGUAAAGGAAAUUUUGGUUCACCAAAGAAUGAAGAAUCAUUUGAAUGGCAUGACGUUAUGUUCUAUCAGUAGUAAAAAUAAUUGAAGUUCGAUAAUUCAACAGUUGAUUUUUAGCAAAUAAUUUGUCUUCCACAUUUUCCUUUAUGAAUUUCACUCCUACACAGUGAAACUUAUGUAUUAAAGAUAAAGGGGAUGAUAUUCUGAAACUUUUUUAAAAUUGAUUUUUUGUUAGGUACCUUCAUGAAUGGUUCUGAGUUGUAUAUGUUAAUGAAAAUUGAUAAUUAUAUUCCAGAUCUUUUGGAAAGCAGUACCUGACUUCCUUUGAAAUGGAGUAGGUCAGAAUCCAUACUAUCUUUGAGACACUCCUUACCUUAACUUAAGGUAUUUUCUUGUAAAACUGCAAAAACCUUAUUUCAGUGAAGGAUCAUCAAGAAAUGCUGUUCUUCAUUGAUAACCUCUGCUUUAGCAUAUCUUUAUUUUAGGAUGUUUAUUCAACAUCAAUAGUAUAUGACUUCAUCCCCUUUUCUUAAGAAAUUACAUAGUUAGGGAUAGUGUCUCUGAUACAAACAGAUAAUUAUCUUGUCAUGAUCUAUGUACAAAGAUGUGCACAAAUUUUGCUUUAACUGUUUGUGGUCCUAUAUCUACCGUUUUAUUCAAAGAUUCCAAAUCUUCAUGUAAAUAUUUCUUGAUGUUUUAGAACGUUGUAAUGGACACAAAUCAUUAAGAUGUAUCAGAAUAACCUAUGUUAAUAAUUGUGUAUUGUGUAAUAAUACCUAUGACCCAAUUCCAUGAACUGAACCAAUAGAUGGAACUUUUCCUGUCAAAAAAUAAAAUGCUGAAAAAACAAUUUUAAAAUGUCUUGAUGUACUAUAAUGAAACAAUUGGAAUAAUUCAUUUUAUUGAAAAAAAUUAAAAAGGUGUGACAAAUUGCUCUUGAAAUAUGUACACUUUGUUCGCUUACUUUGUAUUUUAAAAUUUCCAAGUUAGCAACCAAUCAAGGGUAAAGAUCUCAUUAUGAUAUGUUCUGAAGAAAUUUAUUGUGUUACAGUUGUUUAUAUUUCUUUUUAUAAGGUUUCUGCUCAAUUUUUCCCCUCUUUUGUUUUUCAUUGCUGUCCAAUCAUUAUUAGCGUUUUAAGUUUGCUUACUUUCUCUGUGCUUGUCGGAGUAUAUAUGUGCUUUAUGCAAUGUCUAUAACCAUUGGUGUGUAUGUGUAUUGUUCUUCAGAUGGUUGUAUUAUGUGAAAUGAUACUGUUGAGUGAAACCUAAGGCAUAAUUAUAAACUUUUCUGUGUCCUUAUGAUUUUCAAUUUAAACUCCGUAAUGGAUUUAUUUGUACUUAUGCAAAAGUAUUUAUACGUUCUGAAUGUUCAGCAUAUUUAGUGCAAACUAUGUUUUAAGUAAGUCGUGUUUCUUUUGUAGCAGGUACAUAUGUUCUGUAUUGAUUAUGUCAGUGGAUAAAACUAUUAAAUACAAUCAGUUUCAUUUAAAUAAUUUCCAUAGCAUUAAAACUUUAGAAAUAAUUUGAAUUCUGUCAAGGAUUGUGAGUAGUAUUGUCUCCUAAUGUGUACCAGUGGCAAUUGAAAGCAAAAUUGCAAUUGCAAAACUGUUGGCAUGGCCCAUGUAACAUGAAUUUGGCAUUUGUGUAUUUGUAGUAUUUGUGUGGUGAAUAUGAUCCUGUUACUGAUAGUGAAGUCACAAUGUUAAUGUAAAAUUAAAUUAUGUAAUUUCAUGUUGACUUCUGUUAGAGUUUUUUUAAGUUUGUGUUUUCUAUUCUGACUUACAUUCCUCAUUAUUAGAAGAAAGAGUAGAAAAUAUCCGUACAAUGCUUAAUAUAGUACGCCGAGUUUCUGUAAUACUCUUUAAAAACACAAAAGUUAAAAAUUUAUGAGUAUAAUGUAAUUGAAAUGUUUCUAAGCCAAUUUAUCAUUUUGUGUUGUAUACAUCUGCCCAUAUGAAUAACGAAAAUACAGAAACUACCUAUCUUUGAUUUAUGAUAAAUCGGAAUUCAUCUCCCUUGCAUCUUUUCAUUUGCUGUAAACUGUGAUCUGUUUGAACGACUGAAGAAAACUGUGAUGGAAUGUUUUUAUUAUUGAAAAGUAACUUUGUAUAUUCUUAGUAUUUUUAUUGAAAAGUUUUAUUUGGAUAGAACUUGAUGUAUUAUUUUGUUUACCAAGUUUGUUUGCUGCUUCAUAAUAUUUCAUUCUCAAAAAUAAAAUUAUUAUUCAUUCUUGGGUUUAAUACAGCCAGUGUCACUUCACUAAGUUGGCUGUCAUUACUAAAUAAUCCAGUUAAUAAUGAUAUACAUAUAAUCACACAGUAUAAUUUUUUUUUUUUUAAAUAUUACAAUUUAAAGAAACAUUUUAAUUACUUCUCAUAUUUUUUUAAUUUCUGAAUUAGGAAUUACUGCUAAUCUUGUGAAUUAGUUCUUUAAUAUAUUUCAUAUAUUUUUAUAUUGGAAACAUAUUUAGCAUAUAUUUAUUGGUGUUUGUCUAUACUGAAUUAGGUAUUGAGACAAAUACUUUUAAAAGUCAAUUUGGUGGUUAUUAGCUGGAAAUUAUGGAUGUUGACUCUAAAAUUGACAUCAAUGAGGUAAUAAUUAUAAGUUAGUUUAAGAUGUGGGCAAGUACUAAUUUGACGAGCUUGUAAUGAAAUUUGUAAAAAAAUUAAAACUAAUUUUCCAUAGCCAAUAAGUUACGUUGAGUAUUGUACCUGCAGGUUCUGACUUGAAUGAAAAAUUUGAUAAGUUUGCUGAUUCUCUUACCCUUUUAAUAGUGAUGGUAGGCUGACUUUUAAUUUCCAUUUAGGAAAAUAUCAAAUUGAUAAUUCGGGUAAUCAUUCCCACAAGUUUUUUUGGUACAUUAUGGAUGUAAUUGCUCAAGCAAUUGCAGUUGAAUGGUGGUGUACAACUUAAAUUAUUUCCUCUUGAUGUGAUCAGGGUAAAAUAUCAUAACUGAACCUCUAUAAUGAUUAUUGAUUUCUUGUAUUGUUAAUAGCAUUGAUAUUGUUAAUACAUUGAAUUUUAUAGUAUGCUAGUUGAAGGUUAUGAUUUGAAAACUCAAAGUAAUUAAAUUUUAUUUUGUACAAACAUGCAAUGUACCAAGUUUAAACAUGUGUCUUGUAACUGAUUAUUUGCUGACAAAAACAAUAGUCUUGAAAAGUUUAGCAGUUAAAAAGGUUGAGAGAGGAGAAUUAUUGUUGACUUCUUCAGGUAACAGCUGAAUUUGUAUCAAUGUAAUUCAUGUUAAAAGACUUGUGCAGAAAUAUAGUUUAAUAUGAGAAAUGUAA